GGAUAACGAAACAACAGAUCAUGGCGGACGAUCAAAGCACCGGCCGGUGUAUCUCUACUUGUACACUGACAGUGUUUAAUAGUUAUAUUAUUAUUACAUCUGAGAGUCUGUGGGAAUUUGAAAGGACAUAGCUUUCAAAUAUGAAACUGAUCGCAAAGAAUUUCGAGAAAGACAGUUCUGGGUAAGGGUUUAGUUAAACAAAUUUAGAAACGUAAGCUUUAGGCAAUUGAUAUCCCGACACAGAGUUCUCGAGCUCUCUAAUCAGAAUAACUAUUUAAUCACUGAUCAGAGUAGUUUUACGUCUUAAGGCUUAAUUUGGUCAUUAACAUCAUUUUUAACUAACCUCUACCAUUUUUCCAUUUUGAUGUUAGGAGAAUUAAGACCAUCGUCUGAUGAAAAAUACAUAUUCUGCGAAAAAUCGGAUCACUAUCUUCAUGGCGAAUUUAAUCGCCCUUGAAAUGUUGUUUUGUUCAAUACUUUCGAUCUUUGAUUACGUGAAUGUAUCCAUAGUAUAGGCAUCAGUUUGUGAGUAAGAUGAGGUCGAAUUGGUAGGUGUUAUGAUCAUGUAUCACCCAUAUCAACAUUUUAGAUUUCCAGAAGUCGGCAUCUCUGCUAUGAAAUCAACAGCUUGUGCCAAUCGUUGUAGACAAUGGGUAAAGAUUUCCUUAUAUCCCCAUUCUAUUCUGAAAAAAGCUGAAGACCCAAAGGCAAUCAAUAGUUUUUGCAAUUGCAUUCCUUCAUGUGAUAACUGUAUGCACAAUGAUUCAGGGGGGUAAUAUGCAGAUCUUGCAUAGAAUUGCAACCAAAAUAAGCAGAUUGGUUUGUUUUAUAGAUUAGGAAAAGUUUGGGAUACAAAAAAUGGCUUGUAAUGCUCCUUCAUGAUUGUUCUUCUUAGUUACAUGCUGUUUACAGUUUUCAUGAAACAACACUUUUAGAUCAGUUGUCCUUGUCCCAGAUGAGGCUGAAGAUAUGUGGCAUGCAUAUAACCUAAUAGCAGUUGGCGAUCACCUUAGAUCAACUACUAUCAGGUAAAGUAUUUACAGUGAUUAAAAUAAGUAUAAAUCUGCUGGCUUAUCAUCACAAAUGCUGCAUUCUUAUUGGCCAAGCUUCUCGCUAUUUAUUCCAUAAUAGAUAGUGAAUAGAGUAAGAAGCCCAACAAUGUGUGGUUGCAAACAAAAUGAAAUAAAAACAUAAGUCUGGCUAAUUAUAGUUAAGUUUUAGACAACUUAUAACAUUAAUGUAUACUUAAUAAACAAGUAGAUCAUUUGCUCUCAGUAACUAAGCAUGACAGAGUUGAGUUGUACUUCACCUUCAUCAACUAUCUUAGUAUUGAAAUUUCAAGCUCAGCUGUAUUUGUCAAGUAAUUACACUGUUACUUACAAUACUGAUAACUAAUAAAAAAGUUAUCUUUGCAGUAAUGAAUACUAUUUAAGCAGUGGUAAAAAUAAGGCUUAAAAAAAAAUUCAGGUAUAUACAGAAUUUGAACCUAUAACCUCUGAAAAACCAGUGCAAUGUUCUACCAACUGAGUUAACAAGCCAAGUGGGAGCUGGUCACUAUUUUGGUUCAUCACAAACCCAUGAAGUGAUGAAGCAAUGACUGUAAAUAUAUGAAAAUCAUAUUAUGUGAACAAUUAAUAAAGAAAUGAACAUGAAAGCGAUCUUCAAAGUUACAAACACUACUUUAGCAGUAGUGAAAAAAAAAGCCUGAAAAAAAUUCAGGUCUGUACAGGAUUUGAACCUAUCACCUUGCAAUACCAGAGCAGUAUUCUACUAACUGAGCUAACAAACCAACUGGGAGCUGAUCAUAACCAGCUCUAUUACAUUUUAAUAACUGUUGGAUAUUUGGUCAAGCCUGAUGUAAAAAAACACAUUGUGCUCCAUAAUGGGAGAAGAAGUAGGAAGACAGAUACUGCUAACAAUAUCUAUGGUAAAAAUCAUAGUCUCUUUUUGUUUGUUUUGUCAGGCGAGUACAAACAGAGUCAGCAACAGGAUCAGUCAGCAGCAAUAAAGUUCGAACAACUCUUUGCAUUGCUGUAGCAAGAGUUGAAUUUGAUACCCAAGCAUGUAUGUUGAGGAUUAAUGGACGUAAUGUGCAAGAAAAUCAGUACGUUAAGGUAUGUCUAACAAAAGCUGUGCUUGUCUUCACUUCAUUAACCCUUUAAAUCCUGAUUCAAAUUUGUAAUUCUCCUUACUGUCAACCAUACAGUUCUUACAAUGUUGGUUCAGAGAAUUUAGUAUUGAAUCAACUUAUCAACUUUAUCCACAAAUUGAUUUUUUUCUUUAUUCUCAUCACUUACUUGGUUGAUAUUAUAUUUAUAUUGUAAGGAGAAAUUCUGUUUAAUGGUUUGAUUGUAAUGCAGAGUGUGGGCCAAUUUGGUAGUACAUAUUUAUCCUUCCCUUCCAUUGUAUUGAUUAACCUGGAAGUUGCAAAUUGUCUUACAACCAACAGAUGGGGGCUUACCAUACAAUAGACUUGGAGUUGAAUAGAAAGUUCACUCUUAUCAAAGAGUACUGGGACAUCAUCGCUCUAGAAAGAGUUGGUGAGUUGACUUGAACAGAAAAUAAACCUUAGCCUUCUAAAGUUGAGAUAAUGCAUUUGGUUGAAAACUUAAAUUAUGAAAUCAUUUCAUGGGAUUAAAGAUGAAUAUGAUUACUACUUUUCAGAAAUGGCUUGUGACCCAGCACAGCAUGCUGAUCUAGGAGCCAUUUUACUUCAUGAAGGUAGGUCAUUUGAGGGCUUAUUCUCACAAAUAACUGGAGACCAUGUCAGACCAAACCAUGCAGCUUAACCUUUAUUAAAAAACAUGAAAAUGUUACAACAGAGCAACCAACAGUAAAAAUGCUCUCUAGAUUACAUGCCACAACAAACUUCAAAAAUUUAAUUACCAAUCUACUAACAACCUUAUUGAGGACCCUUGGCAACAAAGGCUGCAUUACAUUGAAGAGAGAACUUAAUGACAUUGAGAUGGUUAAAACUACUUAGCUUGAAGAGCAGAGGGUCAGGCAGCAGCAAACAGCAAGCAAAAACUGGUAAAUUACAACCAACCGACCACUAAACCCCUCACAAACUUGCACCCAGGCUCCCAGACGUGUAUGAGAAAAAUUUUUUCUGCUUUUUUUUUUGUUCUUCAGCCAGCAGAAAACAACACUUCUGGUCUUUUCAAUUCAGCUGAUCCAUAAGACUAGAGUUAACAGCCUACUGAUCAUUUGAUGACUAAAGUUGUUCCUGCAAUUUAAAAAGGUUACCGAAGGAAUCAAUUACAUUUAGGGUUACUCCCCAAAUUUUUGUUCUGAAAAUCAACAAAGCUAAUAUCACUUUUUUUAAACAGUGAAGAGUAAACAGUGAGAAGUGGGCAUAACCAUUUUUUCUUAAAAAAAAUUUAUUUUGAGUUAUCUGUCCUUAAAUUCCUGAAAUAAAACUUCCUUGAGAGCUAUUUUCCUAUUACAUCGAUAAUUGAAGUAUUCUAUAGUCAUUAAAUUGUGUUCUUUUUCUUUCAGGUCUAUGCCAUAUCUGCCUAGUAACAUCAAGUAUGACCAUUGUUAGAGCAAAGAUUGACAUGAAUAUUCCACGAAAAAGAAAAGGAUUCUGUGGCCAACAUGACAAGGUCAGUGUCAAAAGUCUGAUUAACUUCCAUUUUGAUUCCAGCUAUGUGAAUAAGAAAAAGCUGAAAAAGCUCUUGAUUUUCAGGCAUACAGGUCUCAAAGGACUAAUUCAAUCAUAUGAAAUGAUCAUGUGACAUUCAAUCAUAUUAAGUAAAUACCUACCUGCAGCUGUCGAUAAUGUAAUAGGCAGCUGUACCGUAAGGCUAAACCCAAACACUAGAGCCUGCUUGCAGCUUAAACAGAUGGUGAGAGGUCUUACAUGCAGUGGUAGACCUCCAUUUAUCAGCUUUUAUAAGACCCUGGUAUUAUGAUUGAAUAAACAAAAUAUCAACAACAGUGUAAAUGAUAACUAUGAUGUUAAGCUCCUAUUAAUUGGAAAUUACAUUGAUAAUUAAUUACAUUAAUUAAUUAUUUUAUUUGGGUUUUCACUUUUUUCAAAAGUAAAUGUACCUGAGCAUUUUUAACAAUGGGUUUGGUACAUCUCUUUGUGACAGCUUGAAUCUUAAUUAGAGUUAUUUCUUGUUAAACAGGGUUUGUUUAAGUUUUAUGAUGCUAUAAUCCAGGGUAUUCUCAGGCAUAUUAAUUUUGAAGGUAUGUUUGUCAUGGUUCUCUAUCAUUACAUGGUAUUGCUAGGGAGCUGAUCCCUGGAAAGUCUUCCCUUCUGACAGGGUUCAAAAUUGCCCCUAGCUGGUCACCAAUGGAACCAAACAUCAACUGUGAAAACUGAUUGUUAAUGCUCCCUGCCAGCAGGCAACUACAUGUAGCAUAAAGAAUUUUUAAUUUUCUUCAUGUAAACCAGUGCUUAAAAAAUGAAAAUCUGUGAUUUUUCCCUUGGAGCUUCCAAAAUUUUAUUGGACCAGUUGCCAAUGCAGUUGCUAUUGCCAGUGCUAAUCAACAGUUAGUAUAGGUAAUAACAUGAUUUUGAGUGCAAUUUGGUGUUAAUAGGCACAAGUAAAUUUUUCAAAAACAACAAAAUUGCACAAGCCAGUAGGGCAAAUGCAAUUUGUAGCUUUUGAAAAUUUUACAAGUGCCCAUUACACCAAAUUGCAAGGGAAAUCAUGUUGUUACUUGUUAAUAAUGUAUAUGAAAAUAAAUCAGAGAGUCCAGAUAGAUAUUUUGACAGUGCGUGUGCUAUUUGUAAUUUGUACUCAUGUUAAAACUUUGCACUUGUGUUACAACUUGGUACUCUAAUUACAUGAGAAUGCACUAGUUUUAAGCCAAUCAGACCUGCGCAAUUUUUCAUGUACAUUUAUAUAUUAACUAGUUGAGCAAUAAUUUGUUUUAUGCAAGGAAAUAUCUUUACAACCCCACUUUUUCAUGUUUUCUAUUUUAUGAAUCUAACUUUUAUGUAACCAAAUUGUUCAAUUAGCCAAUUGGAGCAAAAAUGUUUGAUUGCCAUGCAGCACCCAGGUUAAAAAAAAAAAUUGGUGCCUGCUAGAGGUUCUACAUCCUCUUCAGUCUUGAGCAAACCCCCCCCUCCACCCCUUAAAAUUUACAACAAAUGUUCCAUGACCCUUCACUCUCACAAUCCAGAUUUUUGUUCAGAUUUUUGCAUCCUAAUCUUAACAUCGCACAAAAUUUUCAUUGUGCAUGUGCUACCAACCUAUGGAUGCAUGCACUUUUUACUACUGAACGUCAACACCCUCCUAAUUAUUUUCUGAUUUUUCAGUCAUCAAGUGCAUUCUUGUUGCUAGUCCUGGCUUUGUCAAGGUUAGUUGUAGAGAAGCACAAACUGUUUAAGUCCUUAGAGAGGCAGUGAAAGAGGAAAGUGGUACAUAUGAUCAUGAUUUUGCUUUUUUGCUAUCAUCAUAAUUUUAGCUUUUUAGAGUAAACUUAUGAUUAGAUAAAGAAUCUGACUCUGAUAGCAACUGUCUAAGAGGGAUUUUCUUUGUUAUAAAGGACUAUUAUCACAGCUUUAUUUCUGUCCUUUUUAACUCGUGAAUUGCGCGCAUGCGCAAGAGCGAGUUAUAGAUACGAUGUGGGUAGUGGCACUCGCUCGCUCGCUCGCUCGAUUGGUCGAUUCCUGUAAACUUUUUUUCGAUUUUAGGCUUUUGAGUGCAUUUGAUAGUUUUUGGCGAGCAAUAAACAAACGAAAGGGCGACCUUUGUUGCUAAAAAUAAUGGUGGGGUGACAAAGAAGCCAAUGAUAAUCUUAAAAUAAUUUUUUUUUUCGUUUUUGUUUCAACAAGCGGCGCCAGCGACUGGCAGGCAUGCAAGGAUUCACACUGAAAUAACAGAACAACCUUCCUUGAACUUGAAAACAAUCCGAAGGUUCAUUGAAAAUAUCACUUACUGCGAAGCGCUCGGAGUUUACAGAUGUUCAAAAGCUUUUUCUGUUACGGCGUGAGAUUGAGGACAAAAUCGGUCAUUACAUUUGGUGUCGUGUGUUUUUUGUGUGUGAAACAACAGAAGAUGCCGGCGACUAACGAAAUUACAAGUUAACACGAAAAUCAAAUAACACCUAAACAAACAAUUUUAGCUACCGAUUUUCAGUGAAUUUUUAAAGAACAAUUUUCUUUUAAGUUUCAAGACAAUUUGAAGAUUCAAAAUACAUAUUACGUACUAAAAUGCGAAAGUUAUACGCCACAAAAUUGAUAAAUAGGCCUGAAAUAAAAUUCUAUCUUGUUAUUGAUUAUACGUUGCCUAGCACGUGACUAAAAUCUAACUACCCAGGCGGAGAUCCAAAGUGACGGUGGCAGUCUUGGCUUAGUUAUAUCACUCAAAACUCGUUCCCGUUUGUCUCAUUUGAUAAAGAGGGAAUCGUUAAUGUUUUCAUUAAGAAAGUAUUGCCUUGAUUUUUUAUUAUUUACAAUGACAGACAGUAAAUUUCACUUUUCACCCACAUUUACUUCCAACCUUUUCUUUUGAACCAGAAACGGAAAUGAUAUACGUUUAAAACACAUGACAUCAUACACCCUUGUCAAAUGCAAUAGCAUGAUCAUUUCAAUUGUAAUGCCUUCUUAUCCCAACGUUACUUUGUUGCUUUGCUACAUUAGCGAACACUGAACUACUGCUCGUACUCUAGAUAUGACAAUCAACCGCAAAAUUCCCUAAACCAGAUAACAUUAAACAUAAUCCAAAAAAUCAUGUGUCAAUUCACGAGUUUGCUCACAGAGCACUUUGAUUAUGUCUGUUUUAUGUAACUGAUAUGAUUUUCAGGUAACGUGGUAAAUUUUUUCAAAAAAGCUUUAAGCUAAUGUUAGAAAAUGAAAUAGUAGCAGAAUUGUAAAUCCCUACAGUUCAGCAUACGGUGUGUAUGGAAAAUUUGCUUAUAACUUAUACCCCUCAGCUCCUCUUCAAGCACAGAAAAAUACAUUGCAACUCAGAAAGAAGAAAAAGGAAGGAGUAUUUCUUCAUCUUGUAACUGACAGUGAGAACUAAAGUAAUUAAGAUGUCCUCUUUUAAUUCUUUAUGUAUAUUUUUUAUCAUUAGUGUUGAGUAACCAAUGUGGUGAAGUAGGUGUUUUAAAUGAUAUUUGCAGGAUCAGUUUUGUGAUUAUAUGUUCCAGCAAGCUGUAAAGAAUGAUUGGAAAGCAAUCAUUGAUAACAAAUCAAAAUUUCUCUUGGUAAGUGUAGAUUUAAAAACGUUGUAGAUUUGUUAGAACUUAAUUGUAACUUAAUUGUAACUUAAUUGAACUUGGAUAGCCUACAGGACAAAGGCCACAUUUCUCCUUUUUUAUAGGCGGGAUCUGCCAUUCUUUGCGAUCUCACGUAACACUCCCCCAAGUGUUGCAUGCCAUUCAACAGAACGGCUGUGAAAGGGACUCCAGGCGAACGAUACGCAGUAAAACUACUACAUAAGAAUUUUUUCAAGGGGCGGGGGGAGGGGGGAAGAGCGGGGAAAAGCAUCGGGCUUAUUAGUAGGGGGUGGGGGCUGAUAAAACACUUGAAGUUCAAGACAGGGGGCAUAUUAUUAGAGAGGGGGGUUAAAUUCAAUAGAAAGGGUGGCUUAGUAUAGAGGUAGCUUAAGAUAGAGGGCGCGGCUCACUAGAGCGUGUACGAUUUUUUUUCCUUUUCAGGCUCACUCAUCAUCGGGUCACAAACAUUCGCUCAAAGGUGAGGAUAUAAAGAACCUUCCACGGAUCUCGAAAUUGAUUUUAAUGAAAUCACAUCUAGUGAAUUGCAGUCGAGAGGAAACGGCUUAACCCAUGUGUUUAUUUUGCAUGAUGUGCAGAAGUUCUGGCGGAUCCUACUGUCACUGCAAGACUUGCAGACACCAAGGUAAGUCGAAAUUGUUUAUAUUUAUAUCUUAAAAGGAAAAGUGUUGGUUGGUUGUUGUGAUAAACUUUGGUUUUGGUUUAACGACACUCAACCCAAAAAGCAUUCCCAGUGAAAAAUGUCUCGACGUAAUCGGUUAUUCUCUGCUGAUUUUUUUUUUUUUCUCGUUUUACUUAAACAGGCAUCAAGCAGGUUUCUUCUCGUUGCAUACAGAACCCGACAACAGUUCCUUUCAGAUGUUACCUCUUCAGUUCGGUACGAUGCAAAAACCCCCUCGACCCAGGCCGCCUCGUCAACAUUAGUUAUUUCCUCUCUGCAUAAUUUUUUUUUCAGUCUGCGUUUUUCUUAGUUAUCAGGUUGUCAUCAAGUUUCGCAGUCGAGUUUCUUUGGAUAAUUUCUUCUUUAUUCUAUUGUUUUGCUUAUUAGUUUAACCCGUGUUCAGAGCCCCGAGUAAUUUUAUUUUAUUCGUCUAUUUAGAAACCACAUUGACGUAACUUUGGUGAGACUUUAAUAUGAUGUUACCUUUUCAGUUCGGUCGUCUUAAUGCAGAAAAAGCAAUAUUCAAUUGAGUGUCCAAAGCAUGCGGUUUGCAUUUGUUUGUCUUCAACGCUCCUCGUGAUUGGUCCGGAAAACUCGCGCUACUCACUCAACCAAUCAAAUUUAAGAGUAAAACCAAUCGCGCUUGAGUCACCCGCGUUUCUCCGUGCUUGAAGACAGUUAUAUGUUUUGGCGCUAAAUCUUUCCUUUGCUCAAGUUGGCCGCUGUGAUUAUUUUAGUUUUGGUUUCAUGACACUCAAGGGAGGAGCGUUUACUGUUGCACUUGAAACUCGUUGAACUUACAUCAGCAUCUUCAAAGGAAGUGCUUCUGACGAAAAAUCAAAUUGUCGAAUGGUUUUUAUUAUUCAAUUAACAAUUGGUUCCUACGUCAGCGUGCGUUCAUCGAGAUAUGAAGCACGCGGGAAGUUUGGAGAGCACGAAAGAUGCGUAAGAGUUCUCUCUAACUCUAGCUUCUUGAGUGCUCUCCAAAUUUCCCAAGUGCUCCCUAUCUCGAUGAACGCACAGCUGACGCAUAAACCAAUUGUUUUAGAACAUUUUCAACCCGGUGAAUUUUUUUCCUCUCGAGGGAUUUGUUUGCUGACGUCACGAGCGUGCACAAUAGGAAUAUGAAGCACGCUCGCGCAAUUGAAUUUGAUUACACAAAUUUACUAGCUAUGUUAUAAUAAUAUUUAUAAAAUAAUUCAAAUAGUACGUGCGCUCUGAUUGGCCAUAAAACCAUUUUACAUGAGCGUAUAUAAACACGGUUUUCGUUCCGCUUUCAAAUUCUAUAAAAAGACGGUUUUGGUUCCUCUUUCAUUAGUUAUUUUAACACGCGGGAAAAGAUAAGUUGGAAACCACUGGUUUCGUCGUGGUUUACAUAUCCUGUGUUCUCCCAUCCCGCGUUUAAACACGGAAACCAUUUUACAUUUCUUCAUUCUUAACCCGGGGAGAAUGCACUAUCCAUUUGCACUAUCCAUGUGCGCUACUCGGCUCGAGGGCUGACUCAACCAAAGAAAAAUCGUUGUUUUGGUGAAAUUGUUCAGAUUUUCAACAGAGCAUCUGUGAUUUCUUCUUUAAUUAGCGUUACACAUGUGGAGAAGGCCAAUGAAGCUUUGGCAAUCGAAACGCUGCUUGUCACUGAUGAACUUUUCAGGUCAGGAACGAAUGAUAACGAUAUCUUUUACAAUUCAGUUCAGCUUAUUUUCAUCCUGAAAGAGCAUGUUUUUCCUUUCUGCUUUGUAAUUGAAAAUCGACGGCGUAUCUAAAUGAAAACUCUAGAAUCGAUUCACAAAUUAACUAUUCUCUCAAAGUAAAAAUAAUGUAUCAGCUCAAAAAGUGGAUAGUAUUAGAAAAUUGCACAAGGAAUUGCUCAGAGUGUGGUGAUUCUUUCAGCAUGUUGCUAGGAAAAGAGGCAGUUUAAGCGCAUCAGUUCUUUUAGCCCGCGAUUCACACUCCAUACGAAGUAUCAACUCUCUGGCCCUUUGUCUUAUAAAUCUUAAAGUGAACAGACAUACCAAAUCAAUAAAAGUCAGUGUGUUGAUUUUGGAAAGAGUUUGAUAGGGGUUUUUUUUGCGGUGGCGAUUCAUACUGCUCAAAUUGCGAAAGGUUUGGCAAAAACCUCAAAUCAACAAUGUUUAUGGUGAAAUAUCACAACUGUACUAUUUCUCUCUCUUUUUUUUCCUCGAAUGUCUUUUUAGGUCGACAGAUUUGCCAACUCGUAAAAGAUAUGUCAAGCUUGUUGAAAGUGUUAAAGAAAAUGGCGGCGAAGUCAGGUUUGUUACGAGCUCUAGUUACUAACGCGGUGGAAUGUUUCAAAGUUUAGCAGUAGCACUUGAAAGGGUUUAAAUUUGCUUUCAUUCAAUGCAGGGUUUUUUCAAGUCUACAUGUUUCUGGAGAACGUACGUAUGCACUUUUUUUGUACGUUGUCGUAAUUAACGAGUAAUAUCUUUCAAUAUUCGACGAUCGAGUUCAACAUUUGCCACCUUUCAUUUUCUGUUUACUCACACGACCAUUUCGGCACUGCUGAUACAAGCUGCAAGUAGAGUACUUGGCAGAGAUGACACAACUCAUGCAGAGCGAAUUUAAGAAUUUUUAAUCGGGGGUCCAAAAUUACUUCUCAACUUACGCCUGUUAAUUCCCCCCUUUCUCAACCCCCCCCCCUUACUAAAGAAUAAAUCAGUUGAGUUGUAAUAUGCGAUCCUGUCGUUGGGAGAGAAUGUCGGUGUCAGACAAGUAAUAAGAAAACCCCCACGGGUUUGAAUGGGGGGGGAGUGGGUAGGGGGUUCAAGACCUCCUCGCGCCUUCCCUCUAGUUCCGCCACUGUUAUGGCCUGGGUUCGAUACCUCAUAGGGAACAUAGAUUAUUUUUUCUUCCUUUGCCUCACGCUCGUGACGAAACGAAUAACGCCUUUCUUUAAAUAUAAGCUUCUUGUAAUUUUUCAUCAUGAUGUAAAAUUUCCUACAACUUUAUGUUUCUUAUUUACGUCUUGUAGAGCUUGGCCAGUUGUCCGGUGUUGCGGCAAUCUUGCGCUUCCCCAUGCCGGACAUCGCUGAUGAUGAAGGCUCCGCUGAUUCUGAGGAGGAUUAGUGAACUAUGUACAUACAUUUCUCAAAACUGGAUUUAGAGCGCUUUUCCAUUGAGUGUCGAAAAACCAAAAACUUAGUUAUCACGGCGACCUAUAUCACAAGGAGCCAAUGAGAACUCAAAGCUACCUCAAGCGCGGGAAACGUCAGUGACCAGAACGCAAUUGGUUUUAGAUUUGUAUCUGAUUGGCUGAGGGAACUGCGUGAGUUGUGUAGACCAAUCACGUUGCGAAGUAAAGAAAACCAAUCUCAUCCUUGUUAACUUUCGACACCUAAUUGAAACUCGUUCUGAAACACCCAAAUAUUUAACAGGAUAUAGCUAACAAUAUAAUUAUCCAAAACUCAGGGAGACAAUAUUUUUAAAACGUGAUCUAAGAUUAGCAAAUUCCCGUCUAUGUUAAACGAGCUUUUAUCCCACCUGAUCAACGUUUGUGAUAUCGUUACAAAAAGUUGUGGUCGUGCAUCAUGACAAAGUACACUUCUAGUGUAGUGCAUUGUCACUUUUCUCUCGAUGUAGUCCAUACCGAUGUAGAUCGCCUCGUCAACCUCAUUCCCAGGUUUAGAGAGGAUCAUGAAUCGAGGUUGAUUGUGCAUUGUGUAGUGGAAACAUUAUGAUACUACAUAUUUAUUAAUGAUAAUGAGAUUAUUAAUGGAUGAUAAAGAAGCCACAAAGAUGGUUAUUUCCCAGGCUGUGAGACAGUCUCUUGGGCAAACAGGUCAUUCAACAGUAGAUUUUCAAAAACAUUUAAAUAAAAAGAAAACUUAUUGAAGCGAGGUUCGAUCUUCCUCGAGAGCGAUGUUUGAGACGACAUAGAAACAUCGAGUCCAGCGGAUUUUGGUAUUUGAAUUGAAAACAUUCAUUGAAUAAAAAUUGUUUUUAAGCGUUAAUAAAACAAACACAUUGAAAAAAAAAUUGGUUUGGUGCCUUUUGCCAAGGAAUAUCUCUUUAGCAAUUAGUUAAAAUUAAAAAUUAAAAUUAAAUACAUUUAUAUAGCGCCAUCUUGCAUUAAUUGUCCAUGGCGCUUUACAAUACUCUAAAAACCGUAAAAAUUAAAAUCCUAAGAAUUAAAUACAUUAUAACCACAAGUAAAAACUACAAAUCAAAUGCAC